UGUCUUAUCUCUGGUUAUAAAAUACACGACAAUCGUCCAUCUGAAGAUCACCCAAGACAAGAUGGCAUCUUGGGCGCUCUACAUCUGUGCCCUGGCUGUAACAGGCACCUCCUUGGCCGAAGUUGCAGAGCGGUCGUCCGCAGUGGCGCCCACUGUGAAGGUGACCCAGGGGACUCUGCGAGGAUCAGAGGGCAGGUCUGCAGAUGGCACCACCUUCUACAAGUUCCAGGGGAUCCCCUACGCCAAGCCGCCCGUGGGCAGUCUCCGCUUCGUGGCACCCCAAGAGCCAGUAUCCUGGUCUGGUGUGAGAGAAGCAACCAGCUACGGCAACCAUUGCCUGCAGACUUCGGAGGCAGGUGGCUCCGAGGACUGCCUCUACCUCAACGUCUUUACACCACAGCUACCUGCCGGCACCGAGAGAGCUGCUCUGCUGCCGGUGAUGGUGUUCAUCCACGGCGGGGCCUUCGUGGCUGGCUCGGGCAACACCGGCCCCGGACAACUCGUGGACCACGGGGUCGUCGUGGUCACCAUCAACUACCGCCUCAACUUGUUCGGUUUCAUGAGUAUUGAGGGAACAGACGCGCCAGGCAACGCUGGACUCAAGGACCAGGUGGCUGGCUUGAAGUGGGUGAAGAAGAACAUUGAACAUUUCGGCGGGAACCCAAACAGUGUCACUAUCUUCGGGGUAAGCGCUGGAGGCGCCAGCGUGCAGUACCAGCUGCUCUCUUCGAUGUCUAGAGGACUCUUCCACAAGGCGAUAUCGGAGAGCGGCUACGCUCUCAACUCUUUCGCAUACGUCCCAAACACCCAGCAGAGCGCCUUCGAGCUGAGCAAGCUGGUUGGCAAGCCAGCCACCACCACGUCGCAGCUCAUCAGGAACUUGCGGGAAGUGCCAGCCUCUGAUCUCAUCAAAGCCCUCCCGAAAGUUUCAGCACCAAAGGGCUACACGCGACCUUUCGUGCCGUGCAUCGAGUUUGCGAGAUCGGGCGAGGUUCCCUUCAUGCGGCACUCACCAGCAAGCCUGGUGAAAGCAGGACUUUUCACCAGCGUGCCGUACAUCAUCGGGACGGCCAAGCGCGAGGUGGCUGCUUUCUACUCGGAGGCCUCGCUAGCUUCGGAAGCUCUCUGGAAGAGCGUCAACGGCAACUGGGAAGCGUACGUGGUCCCGACCGACCUGGGGCUCACGCUAGGGUCGCAGAAGUCCAAGGAGGUGGCGGAGAAGGUGAAGAAGUUCUACUUCGGCAACAGCGCCGUCUCGUACCAGACCCGCGAGAAGUGGAUCAGCUUGCAGACGGACCUGCAGUUCACGAUAGGCGCCGUGACGACGCUCCGCGCUCACGCCAAGCACUCCACCAGCCACACCUACAACUACUGGCUGACGUACGGCGCCGCGACGCACGGCAUGGAGUGGUCGUACGUCUUCUACAACGGGCAGGUCAAAGGACAGACCUCGAGCGCCGCCAAGCUCGCGUGGUCUCUGGGUCAACUCUGGACCAACUUCGCGAAGACGGGGGUGCCGACCGCAGCCGGCGAGGUCACGUGGAAGCCCGUCAGCACCAGCAGCUACCCGUACCUGGACAUCGACGUCCCCAACACUCUGAAGACCGACGUGGAGAAGGAGCAGAUGGACUUUUGGUUCCAGAUAUACGCGCAAUACCAUAAUGGUACUGUUGCGCGCGCCUUCCAGCUCAGCUCGCUGGUCGGCAGGCCGGCCAACACCACGUCGCAGCUCGUCAGGAGCUUGCGGGCGGCGUCCGCCGGCGAGCUCAUCGCCGCGCUGGACAACGUCACCGCCCCGCAGAGCUACGUCAGGCCCUUCGGACCGUGCACCGAGUUCCCCAGAGCAGGCGAGGAACCCUUCCUGUCGCGCGCGCCAGCGGGGUUGGUCCUGGGCGGACACUUCACCAGCGUGCCCUACGUCAUCGGCACGACCAAGCGCGAGAACGCCCUCAACUACCCGGAGGAGCUGCUGGCGUCCGACGCCUUCUGGAAGCACGUGCACGACGACCUGGAGGACUACUUCGUGCCGAUAGAGCUGGGGCUUGCCACAGGCUCUCCGGAGUCCAAGGAGGUGGCGCGGAGGGCCCAGCUGUUCUACUUCGGGAACGAGACGCUCGCUGUCGCCGGCAGCUGGUACUCCACCAGCCGCACCUACAACUACUGGCUGACGUACGGGAACGCGACCAGCACGACGGAGUGGGACUGCCUGACGUACGGCGGCAGGGUUCAGGGCGAGACGGCCGGGGACGCCGUGCUCGCCAGGACUCUGGGGGAGUACUGGACCAGCUUCGCGAAGACGGGGGUGCCGACCGCAGCCGGCGAGGUCACGUGGAAGCCCGUCAGCACCAGCAGCUACCCGUACCUGGACAUCGACGUCCCCAACACUCUGAAGACUGACGUGCGGAAGGAACAGAUUGACUUCUGGGAAGACAUUUACAAGAACUACCACAACGCCAGCCGACGACAAGAGCAAGCCUCUAUCAGCGGGGCGACCUCGGCGACUCGAGGGCGGUAUAAAGGCGGCGGGCUGUCGAUAGACUGCGACUCCCCUGGCAACAUGGCUGUCGGGUCGCCUCUCCUCGCGGCGCUCCUCUGCGUGCUGGCGGCGGCCAGCGGCCAGCAAUCAACGGUGAAGAUACCACAGGGUUCGCUCCGUGGGGCAUCUGCUUGGACGUCUGAGGGAACAAAGUACUACAAGUUCUUGGGCAUUCCUUACGCCAAGCCACCCGUGGGGAACCUUCGCUUCGCGGCGCCACAAGACCCUGCGUCGUGGUCCGGGGAGAGAGAUGCGACAAACUUCGGGUCCAUGUGCACCCAGGACACGGGCGGUUCCGAGGACUGCUUGUUCAUGAACGUCUUUACACCUCAGGUGCCGAGCAGCAGAAGUAAUGCAACGCUCCGGCCGGUCAUGGUCUACAUCCACGGCGGGGCGUUUGUGACCGGCUCAGGGAACAUCGGGCCCGGCCAGCUGAUAGACAGAGGAAUGGUCGUGGCUUCGAUGAACUACCGUCUCAACGUGUUCGGGUUUUUGAGAGUUGACUACACUGAUGCGACUGGGAACGCCGGGCUGAAGGACCAGACAGCUGCCUUGAAGUGGGUGCAGAAGAACAUAGCCGAGUUCGGAGGAAACCCUAACGAUGUGACCAUCUUCGGCGUGAGCGCGGGUGGAGCCAGCGUCCACUACCACGUCCUCUCUCCCCUGUCCAAAGGUUUGUUUCAGAGAGCAAUCUCCGAAAGCGGUUCUGCCCUCAACCCGUGGGCAUUUGCUAAGAACACAAACGAUCGUUCCUACCGUCUCAGUUACAUCAUUGGAAAGGAGGCUCACAGCGCUGCCGCUUGUGUCCAGAACUUGAGGGCGGCGUCUGCUAGCGAACUUACGUCUGCUCUCAACAGGGUCCUGACUGCAGACGAGAGUACACGGUUGAUAUCAGUUCCCUUCAUUCCUUCUCUGGAGUUCCAGAGGAGUGGAGAGCAACAAUUUCUCCCGCACGAGCCAUCCUACAUCGAGCAGAACGGACUGUUCAACAAUGUCCCGUACAUCUUGGGCGCAACCAAGCGAGAAGGGGCAUCGUUUGUCUCCGAAAGUUCAACGACCCAGUCGUACUACUGGCAGGCCAUCAACAAUGACCUGGAGAGGGUGGUCCCUGUCGACCUCGGACUUACGAAAGGCUCCCAGAAGUCCAAAGAGGUGGCGCAGAAAGUGAAGAGCUUCUACUUCGGCAACCAGGCCAUCUCGUACGAGACGCGCGAGAAGUGGAUAAACCUCCAGACGGACCUCUUGAUCGCCUUGGGCAUCGUCCGCACGGUGCACUACCACGUCAAGCACUCGACGUCUACUUACAACUACCAUUUCGUCUACGGCGACGCGCUCCACGGCGCGGAGUCGGCGUACGUGUUCUACGGCGGCAAGAUGCAGGGCCAGAACUCGGACGCCGUCAAGCUGGCGAGGCUGAUGGGAGAACUGUGGACUAGCUUCGCCAGGGCCGGGGCGCCCAGCGCACAGAGCGAGCCGGCAUGGAAACCGGCCAGCCAGAACAGCUUUCCCUACUACGAGAUCAACGUUUCCCCGGCUCUCAAGUACAACAUGGAAAAGGAAAACAUGGACUUUUGGUUCAACAUUUACAACACUUAUAGCAAUUACACAUCCACUUUGUAGAAAGAUAAUACUGUAUUUAAGAAAGAUUAAUGCUUGCUGCAACAUUUCGGCUCUUUCAUAGAUAAAACAAAUAAAUUCAUUUAUAAAUU